AUGGCUAUGGAGAAUUUCAAAUGCAGCAUGAAGUUGGUUCAUUAUUUGUGUCUUUCUCGAAUAUUCACCAAUGAUCGAGAUUCCAUUAGUUUCAAGAUUUUUGGCCAUGAUGUAUCGUUCACCCUUGAAGACUUUCACAUUAUGUGCGGUUUGCGGAUCACAGCACAUAAUGUUGAAAAACCAAUUAAACGAGAGAGCAAGAUUCUGAAGCGCUAUUUUGGGAAGUCUAAAGGUGUGAUAUUGAAGGACAUUCGAGAUUUUAUGUCCCAGAAUGAAAUUCAAAAGGAUGAUGUGAAUUUCAAACACGUAUACGAGAGUGAUAAAGAUGCUGUGAAGCUUAUGGAAAUUCUUGUUGUGGAGUCUAUUUUAUUUGGAAAAAAGAAUGAAUCAACUGUGCUGGAGGAGUAUGCAGCUAUUGUUGAAGAUGAUAAGGCUUGUGCUGAAUAUCCUUGGGGUAAUGUGACUUUUGAGAAGCUCAUUACCUCAAUGAAACAUGCAUUGGACAACCAGGACAAAUAUCAUUCAACUGAGUAUACUGUUGGCGGAUUUCCAUUUCCGUUAUGUGGCUUGGUUCUAUGUGCGCUUCCCAGAUAUUUGGGAGAAGUAUUUAAGAGAGGACGAGUACCUUGA